ACGUCAACCAUUGGUCGUCCCAUAUAGUCCAGAGACCGCCCACUGGCAAUGUUUGUACUCCGUAUCUAUCUUUGCUACAUCAUACAAAUAUCCCUUUGAUUCAUCAAAUAUCUUUUCAACUACACAACUUUCUCAAACACAACAUCAUGUCUGCUGCACCAAACCAGCCCGGCCUCGUCUCCAGCCACGCCCAGUAUGUCAAGGGCGCCACUGAAGAGACCAUCGGAAACGUGACAGGCAGUGAGCCAUGGAAGGCAUCAGGCGCCUCGGACAAGGAGCAGGCCGUAGAAGCUAUGAAGGCAGCGUCGGCAAACCGCGACCCACAACAACAAGGCAUGGGCGGUCUUGAAGAAAAGGCAGGCAACUUGGUUGGAUGUGAAGGCAUGCAGAAGGAGGGCGCUCAGAGCAAGCAGCAAUAGAGGGCAGACUGCUACCAAAUUGAAUCAGCAUCACUUCUAUCAUCAUCACUUUAUAUAUACUACAUAAUUGCGAGAUAGUAGCUCUACACCCACGUGUGCUAUGCAUUGUAGCACCCAGGAAAUAUCUUUUGGCAUCGUGUUUUUUAUUUCAAAUUGCAUUCGGUACUAUGCCAGCUUUGUCUAAAUCCAGUCCCUGCUAUCUAAUAGAUGCUGUAGUAAAAGGGAGAGUAUUGAAACGACUAGCG